CAAGAAUAUGAAAAGGUUAGGAAAAGAACCUUAAAAGAUCAAAGCCUUUAAUAUACUUCAUCUUGAACAUGUAGCUAAUCGAAUAGAUCAAUUAAUCAAUCCUACUUCUAGAGAGUAAUUUACUUAAGUGCGGUAAAUCAAACCAGGAAUUAAAUUUAUCAUUAACAAUAAAUUGACACCCUACAAGUAAAGACAAUCAGUUUUUGAAUAAAUUUAAUCUUCUCGAUCUAGUAUUAUUCAAACUCAAGAUAGAUAAAGAAAUUAGAAUAACAACAACACUUCAAAAAGUUCAUCAUUUUUGGAAAAAAAAAUAAAUCAAUUAAAAAAAGAACUUGGUGAUUUAUAAAAAGCUAAGCUAUUUGAAAAAAACAAACCUAUUCUUUCUGUUCAUAAAAUGGCUCUCUAAAAUAAUUUAUAAGAGAUUCAUGAUCAAAAAUUAUUGAUAAUAGACAAAAAACCCUAAUCAGCUAGAAAAGUAAUUGAUAAAUCAAUUGAAGAGUUGAAUGGUCCUUUGAAAAAGAAAUCACCAAAACAUAUGUUUUUAUAAAAUAUUGCUAUUGAAAAUUCAUCAAAUCACUUAGAACCAUCUGUUAUUAGUAUUCCAACACCAGAGAUAAGAGCAAAGAUAAAAUUUGCUCCUUCUCAAUAAAGAAGUGUUAGUUAAGGAUUGAUAUUAUAAUAAAAGAGACCAGUUAGGAUAUGUAACAAUGAUCUUAUUGAAUUUAAAGGUUGGGAUGUAGAAGAAGAAGAUGAUUACUUAAGAUUAGGAUGAA